AGUCCACACUAUAAUUGCCUGUGUUCUACUCACCAGAAAUCCCAAUAAUGAGAAUGAUGUCGAUCUGCUUGCUUUCUGGUUUAAGAAGAGCUUUGAUUACUAAAUAUCAUUGGACACCUAAUGUGCAGCAAAAACUUGCACCAUCGUUCAGAAGCUACGGAGUGCCUCCUCAGCAAACGCUGAUGCAUCAAUUUUACCUGCAUGUUUCUCAAAAUGCUGGAGUUACAGCCGCUCUUCCUUCAAACUCACUUAAGACAAGGAAAGUGCAAAACAUUUUUGCGACUCUAGACUGUGCUUUCAUCUCGCCAUCCAGACACAUCACUUCGUCUGAAGAAUACCGGAAGGCUAUGGAGCAGUUUAGAAUUAUUCUAAAUGAGGAGUCAAUAGACAAAGACGAUUUAAUCAAAAUUGUUUUCUACGUUGGAAUGCAGAAAAAAUCUAAGCAGGCAACAACCCUGACAAACCUUGCCCUGAAGCGCCUACAGAACAAUAUAACUCAGUUAAACUUGACAGACACAUGUAUUUUGGCAAGCACUAUAUUCAAGUGCAGUGUACUUGUCAAAUCUCCGUUUCCCGAAUUAUUUUCUCGACAGAUGACAGAAAACAUGCAAUAUUUACUAGACAAUCCAAGAGAUUUGAGCGUGCUAGUGAAAGUGCUAAGGCAACAGCGAUACCACGAUAGGAAACUGCUUGAUGAACUUUCAAAAAAUUAUGAACGAUGGUCGAAGAAAAAUCUCGAGAAGUGCCAUGUUCUGUCUUAUUUUGCCGAAGCAAAAUUCGCCACGGAUGAAAUAUACAAAGUAAUAGAAACAUCAAUCAAGGAACUUGAGAUAGAUUACAGGAGCAAAGACAUAGCAAAAGUCCUGUGGGUCGCUUCUACUUUGGGCUACAAAAUACCGAGUGAUUUAUUGCCUACUGUAUGGAGUGCAAUAAAUGGAAAAAUCGAGGAAUUCCUCUCUAGUCCUGAUCUGCUUCUCAACUGCCUAUUAUCAAUGGCUUUGAUUGGACAUUAUCAUGAAGAUCUCACAGCCAUUGUCUCAAGCCCCAAAGCUAUUUCUCACUAUAAACAACUUAGAUUUAAUAUCAAUUGGAUGAGACUGUACCAGCUGCUGGAGUUUCGCAAGAUCGAAUGCGGCCAUGAAAGCAAUUACACCGGACCUGCCUUUCCCCACCCGUCUCUACAGUCACAAAUGGACAACAGGCCUAUGCUAAAGAAAAUUCAUAACUUUGUCAAGUAUUUGGAAUCAAAGUUAGAACUGAGCCAGACUUCUAUGUGCUUCAAUGUCAAUUCUGUUAACAUUGCUGGUAUAACCAUUUGUAGAAAUGGCAGGAGUAUACACAUUGAAGUGCUGGAUCCCUUCGUAUGCCUGGAAAAUUCAAGUCGGCCUGUUGGUUUCAUGGAGUGCAAGAUCAGGCUCUUAGAGAAAAUGAAAUCUACUUAUUUACUUAUCGGCCAGGAACACCUGAACAAAGGAGAAGAGAAAUUAUUUGCUUGGGUGGAAGAUGAAAUAGUUCGUCUCUAUAUGAUUCAAUAAAGGCUCUAUUAUUUUUACAAGAUACAAAAA